CAAGGAUCCGUGUAGCUCCAGCCAGUGCGGGCACCCAGCCCAGGCCUCCGCCUGCCCUCUGGAGCCCGUCUGCCACACAAUGAGGGGCCCCUCGUCCCUGCCCUACCUCCUCCUGCUCCUGCUGCUCGGCACCUGCUUGCCUCUGCUUGACCGAAGAGAGCCCCCGGCCGCUGUGGGAGCCGGGAGGAGCAGGGCCCACCUGGCUGAGGGGCACGGCACCCACUCUGUGUGGGGCCUGUCCCGUGGGCCAGGGGCCCUGCAGCCACAGGUCCUGCCCCUUGUGGCCAGGCUGCUGCAGGCCUUGGGUGUCGGGCACACCAGCCUCCGCCUUGCCAGGCAGGAGAGCAGCGAGACCAGCAGCUUCCUGCCUGCUGAGGGCAGUGAGAAGGCCACCAGCCCCCUGGGGAACCUGGCCGAGGAGCUCAACGGCUACAGCAGGAGGAAAGGCGGCUUCAGCUUCCGCUUUGGCCGGGGGUGACAGCCAGGGCACCCGGAGGGGUUGCCCGUGUGGACUCAGCCCCAGCCGUCUCCACUCGUCUCCAGCAGCCUCCGAGGAGACAGAGGACGGCGGCAUUACCACAAAGCAUCAGCAGUAGGCCUGUUAGGUGUGCGCUGUCUCUUGAUUUUCAACUUUGCUGAAGCAAAAACAAAACUAAAAAAUAAACCUAGCUGGUGUUGAAAAAGAAGGAAGCCAGAGCAAGCUGCGUGCUGGAGAAGAUGACGAAGCUACGCGGUUCCUCCUGCCAACCUGUCUGUCCCCAGUGGUCUGGUGGGUGGCAUAGCUGGCCCAAGGGUGCAGGGGCCAUGCACAUGGUCCGGCAGAGCCGGCUGUGCAGAAUCCAGGCAAAGGCAGGCGGACGGGGCCAGCAGCACUGUGGGGUCGCCUGAGUUGUGACCUUCUCCUCGGGGACUCCUGCAGCAGCUGGGUGGGGUGUGUUUGGUGGCACACGGUUUGGAUCUGAUGAUCAAAAACCAAAAAGAGUCGAGCCAGUAAACAACUGGCCUCCUUCUCCAGCCCAUUAAUACCAGAGCCCUCUGGCAAGAAGCCUCUGCAGCAGCACAGGGCUGCCCCCGGGCCGCUGCCCAGCCUGACGGCCGCGGUGCGUCUGCGUAGUGAGCGCGGUGUCUGCCGAGCCCAGGGCUCCCUGGAGAUGAGCUGGGAAGGGGUGGGAUUUUGCUCCAGCAAGGUUGCAUUCAAAUGUUCAUGGUAUGAGUGUGCUGUGUGUAUCUUUUGGAAUAAAAGUUGUAGCAACUGCA